CUUUGAGGGACUGACCAGCAGCAAAGACAGUCAGGUCAGAAAGAUAAAGAUGGACCUCCAGAAGGCUGCCACCAUCCCAGUGAGCCAAAUCUCCACCCUAUCAGGCUCAAAGCUGAAGGAGGUCUUUGACAAGAUCCAUGACCUACUCUCUGGAGAACCUGUUCAGUGUGGUGGGUGCACCGUGUCUGUCACACUUCACCCACAGGGCCUGGACUUUGUGCAGUACAAACUGGCAGAGAAAUUUGUGAAACAAGGAGCUGAGGAAGUGGCCUCGCACCAUGAGGCAGCGUUUCCCAUCGCAGUGGUGGUGUCCGGGAUCUGGGGACUCUUCCCCAAAGUGGGGGCCCUCAUUCUGGCUCAUCUGCACAAGAAUUGCCCUUACUCAGUUCCUUUUUACCCAGCCUUCAAGGAGGGCAUGGCUUUGGAAGACUAUCAGAG